UUGACUACGGCAAUUUGUGCUUUGAUAAAUCUUUACUUGACUGGAGCUGUAACAAAAUUUCAACCUAAUGGCAUGAAGAAAAUAUGUCUAGAGUUGGAUAAUCUGGCAUCAAAGGUGGUUGAAACAAAGGAAAUCAUUGUAAGUAUCGAUGCUUGUCUAUGACGUUGUCAAAACUCUGAAAUGAUAAGGGAGAUUCUAUCCCACCAAUAAAUUUUAGAAAGGUCAUAGUGGGUUUGUUUAAAUUAAGGGCGCUUUUAAGUGUCUAUGACGUAAAAAUUUGUAUUAUGUUAACUGAAAGAACGCAUUACUACAGCAAAUUCUUCUAAAGAGUUUUGCGUUUUGAACAAAAUGCGAUUUUUUUUUUAGAAAUUUUUAGGCCAAAAGUUCUUUGGCACCCUUGUUCCGCUGAUGUCGAAAUUGACAGGCUCAUAUGUGACGUCAUUGGACACAAAUUUAGGAACUAAGAAACGGUAUUUUAUGCCUGCUUUUUCCUUUCUCAGGGUGGCUAGUGUUGUUGCAUCUUAUUGGAACGCAUCUGAAUGAGGGUGCUAAGGGGGUACUGAAUUCUCAGUUAAUUCGGCCAACGAUCCGUUAACUACUUCACCGAGAAAAGACGAAUGGUGUGCCAAAAUGGCGGCAAAUUUGAAAGUUUCCAAAAAAAAAUUGUUACAAAAAUCACGCUGUGUUGAAAUCGACGUUUUUUUUGCAGAGGUUAUCGUAGUAUACUUUCAAAUAAAAAAUAUAAAUUUAUAGGUUACGGUUACGAGUAACAACAUUUGACAUUUCUUUGGGUCUUAAGGGCAACAGAGUAAGUCCCCGAUACCCUUCAGUGGGAGUGUAAGUCGUUAAAGUAACUUAUGUUUCCCUGUAUAAAUUAUAGGAUAUACGCUGGCGGGUCAAAGACCAAAAACACAGAUUAUCAAACAUUCAGUUAACCACAUUCGUCUCUUCAAAAAACAUGAAGAAAACAACGGUAAGAGAAUUGAAUAAUUUCCAUCUAUCUUAAGUAAAAUGUAAAAUUUCUUUUACACUGAUUUUAUUAACGUCCGUUCAGAACGUAAAAGACAGGUGUUUACCAUCACUAUGAUCCACACAGUUUUCGUUAGGACUUUUAGUUUUCUCUCUGAACUGACAAUCAGUCUGCAGAUUUUUUGAUACAUAUUUAUUUUUAACUUUUUGGCAUGACGCAACCUUUUAUUUUUACAAACAAUAUGUUUAACAUUUUUAAUAAGAUAAAAGUUAAUUUUUUUAAUUCAAACGUUAUGUCUUCCGUCUUCACAGCCUCAAGGCACACUGGAAGUAAACCGACAAAUUGCACGGGCCUUUAUCUCACCUCUAAGGAAGUUAAAAAAGCAGUUUUCCGCCUUCUCAGCCGCCAAUGAUAUUGCACAAGGCGCCAAUGAUAUUGCACACCGUCUGCAAAGAAUAGAAUGGAUUGCAAGAAAUGUCAUUCAUUACAUCCAGGAAAUUCAGCUCGCGCCCAAGGUAACUUGAAGACAUCCUCAUUGUAGCUCAAUAUGAUCAAUUGCUCAAAAGUGAUUUUCGUAUGACCUUGAAAUGAAAACGCCCGAACAAAACAGAAACAACAAACGAACGGAAAUAGAGCGAUUUGAUUGGUUUAUCGAACGGAUACAAACGCGCUUGGCUUUUGGUUGGUUAGGCGAACGCUCGGGUGAAAAAACUUUAUGCCCGAUAACUAGAAAUCAACCGAUACUUCGUUUUGACGUCAUACUGCAACACGAUUGGCCAGUCGAACAAUGCCUUCUCCAUAUUAGGGUUUCUUUGGUAGGAAAACGAAGAGGCCAUGGUUUGAUCUUUUCAUUCAUUGGUUGAUAAAACAAGUAACGAACACUUACCGAAACCGUUUUUCAAGGUCAUACGAAAAUUGCUCUGAAGAUUUUUUUUCUGAGCAGUAGCGGCUGAUCUGCAAAGCCUAUACAGAUCGGAGGCUAUCAGUGGGUGGAGAUCUGUUUCAAAAGUCAAUGAAUAUACUUAUUAGGUGGGCUGAAGCCGGUAUCAUCUUAGUUGAUGUAACUUCGAACGACUGAGUCCAAUAGGUUUUUUCUAGUAAGUAAAUAAUGUAACAAGAAGCUAAUUGUAUAGUAAUGUGACUGAAAUUAACCCACUCACUGUGCCAUGUAAAAAAAUCCUUGUUCCUUUGCAGUCUAGAAAUACAGAUACAGAAGUUAUCCGUCCCACCAAAAGUGCUGUCAUCAACAAAACAAGCAGUUGGAGUAGUGACAUGGUUACUGCCCAGAGCUCAGCGGCUGCAGAGCAAGCGAGAUUGCCUGUGACAUCUUUACAACUUGAAGGAAUUGCUUUUCAAGCAUUUGCCUUGUUGGAAGAUUUAUACAGCCAAAUCCUUAUAAUGCAAAUGGAUUUCAGCAAACUCGAUGGACGUUGUGCGUCUAGGAUGUAA